GGGUUAGACUUCUGUCCACCCCCUACUUCUACUUCUACUCCACCUUUUUGCCAGGUUGAGCCCAUGGCGGAUUCGGCGAAGCUCCAACUCUACUCAUACUGGCGGAGCUCUUCCUCACAUCGUGUCCGCAUCGUACUGAAUCUUAAAGAAUAUCGCGUGCUUUGUUUUUGGAUCGUCCCUAAUUGCUUAUUCCUCUGUUUGAUAGGGUUGGAGUAUGAGUACAAGCCCGUUAACCUUUUAAAGAAUGAGCAGUCGACUCCUGAGUUUGCUAAGUUGAAUCCACUUAAAUACGUUCCGGUGCUGGUAGAUGGGGAUGCCGUGAUAGCCGACUCUUUUGUGAUUACAUUGUAUUUGGAAGACAAAUAUCCCGAGCAUCCUCUCCUGCCCAAGGAUCUGAAGAAUAAAGCACUCAAUCUUCAGGUAGCUAGUAUUGUGGGGUCCAGCAUUCAACCUCUUCACAACCUGGGUGUUUUGAAUUAUAUUGAGGGGAAACUUAAUUCUAAUGAGAAAGUUGCUUGGGCUCAGUAUCACAUCAAUUAUGGCUUUGAAGCCCUUGAGAAAUUGUUAAAAGAUGUUGCCGGAAAGUUUGCCACAAGUGAUGAAGCCCAACUGGCUGAUGCAUUUCUAGCUCCUCAGAUCCUUACAGCAUCAAGGUUCGAGAUUGACAUGGGUCGCUACCCAACACUCGCCAGGCUCAAGGAAGCUUAUGAUGAGCAUCCUGCUUUCAUUGCUGCUCUUCCGACAAACCAACCGGAUGCACCUACGUCAUCUUAGGUAGACGGCGAGUUCUCUGCUGUAAACGAAACUUCUGUGUUCCAUAUUUUUUCUUGUUGUGCGUUUUGUGAUCACUAUAAUUAAAGGUUCUUCAACUUUUCUUUGUUUGGAGGAUUAUCAUUUGUCCAUGAUUUUGUAGCUCAUAUGAUAAGGGUUUGUCUAGGGUUGUAAUUCAAGCUAAUUUGUGAGUUAGUUUGGGUUUGGCUUAAUGAAUAGAUCAUGAGCUGAGCUCGACAAGCUAAGCUUGAGCUAGCACCAACUUGACUUGGUAGCUCGUGAACUGGCUCAUUUGAAAAAUAUUAAUAUAAUAUAGAAUUAAGAUGC